AUGAACGAUCAACAUUAUUCAUCUCAAGCUGGAGGUUAUGAUGGUAGAGGUGCCCCCGACGGGAGAGAAAGGAGAGACCAAUACCAACAACAACAGCAACAACAACAGACAUAUCAACAACAACCGCCACCACAAUCACCUCCUACCUCAGCAUCACCUUUUGCUUUUGCACCUCCUCCACUUUCAUCAAUACCGGGUUCUGGUACUUCUCGACCUACAUUUCAAGCUCAUCAUUCGGAACCUAACGGCACCAGCCAGCAAUACUCAUAUCAACAAUAUCAACAGAAACCAGCUGCACCAAUGCAUCACAACACGUACCCAUCAUAUGCCACUAGUGCGCCAAUGGGUUACAGAUCUUAUUCAGGAGAAACGGAAAGACAAUCUCCGAUACAACCUCCACUGACGCGUACACCAAGUUUAACAAUCGUACCCACAAGUUCAGUCCCCUCUCAAUCAAGUCCAAUGACUUCGAGUCCUUACUCUCCAUAUCAACGUCAAACCCCAUCGAACCAAUAUGGCACUCCAGGCAACCAAAUGCAAACUUCGCCAAGAGCGGGUGCUUACCCACCACCUAACUAUUACACAACGCCUUACUCCUCUCAACCCACCUCCUCAGAUAUGCCAAGGUCAUUAUCUUAUCCAUCAGCAUACUCUGCAGCACCGUACCCAACUUAUCACCCAUCAAUCUCGGCACCCUCAACUUUGCAACAACCCCCUCUGUUGAGACACAACACUAUGGCUGCGCCGACGAUGGGUAUGGAUAUGAGACAAAACCCAAAUCUCGGUUACUCGUUUGCAAAUAGGUUACCGUUGGUGGAUAGACCUUUCAAGUGUGACGAGUGUGUUCAAAGUUUCAACCGUAACCACGACUUGAAACGUCAUAAGCGAAUCCAUCUGGACGUCAAACCAUUCGGAUGUGACAAAUGUGGUAAAACCUUUUCUCGUAAAGAUGCUUUGCGACGACAUUGGUUGGUGAAGGGAUGUCGAGGAGAAGAAGGCGCUACCGCUCCGAUCACUCCAAUGUACCCAAUCAAUUCUCAGUCCCAGGUACCCGCAUUAUCUCCGCCCACCCCUGAACAUGCCAAUAUCUCACCGAUGAACCAUUCACCCAACACUGGUCUUCCGUCGACAAUGUCAUUCUCGCAUCCUUCGGCACCACCUGCAUUGUCAACUUUACCUCCUCGAGACUCUUCUGAGACUUCUCAAAUCAUUGUUACCCCUGAUGAGAUUGCACAACAGCAGCAGAUGUCGCGAUCAAUCAGUGAUAUGGGUGUACCACCAGCUCUUGACGAGCCACUAGUGAUUGACCCUUCGUUUGGUCAAAACGGACGAAAUGCCGAUGCGUCAGGUGGUUAUUUCGAAGGCGUAGUCGGAAUCAAAAAUGAUGGUACAGCAAUGAUAGAUAAUGGAUCAGAGCAAUCUUCACCUUAUAAUAGAUUCCCAAAUUCACCAUCUAACCCUAACCAUCAUCAUCCAUAUCGUCGACCUUCAGCCAUGCCUUCACCUGGUCGACAAAUGUCAUCACCGACUGUCCCGAUUGGAAACAGAUCUUUCGCUCCAGGAACCUUAGGUGCGGACGGUAAACCCGUCUUUGCAAUGCCUUUUACCCCCACCGGUCAAACUUAUAAUUUGCAACAACAUGAUGGUUUACUUGCUCCUCCGCUUGAGACUGGACAAAAGAUGGAGAAGACAAUGAGCGCAGAUGGUAUGCCAGAGUCAUGGCAAAGAUGGCAUCGACCGUCGUUUCCCUUCCCCCCUCCUCCAGGUGUUGGAUUUACCUAUGAUCCUUCAAGUCCCAUUGACGCAGCAGGACAAGGUUACAGCCAAUAG